AUUCAUUCCGCAUGUCUUGGUACCAGAAACAGAUUAAACUGGCAGCAUAUCCCAAGGGAUGUCACUUGGUGCAUCAGGAGAUUGUCAGUCAGGUUCCCGAAAUUAAGCAGUAUAAGGUUGGCAUGGCUAAUAUUUUCUUACAACAUACCUCUGCCUCGUUAAUGCUUAAUGAGAACUGUGAUCCCGAUGUACGCACUGAUAUGGACAUGGCACUGGAUCGCGUCUGUCCUGACAAUCUGCCUUAUAUACAUACUGAUGAAGGUCCCGAUGACAUGCCUGGUCAUCUUAAGACAGGAAUGAUUGGUGUGUCUCUCAAUAUCCCAAUUACAAAUGGAAAACUUAACACAGGAACAUGGCAAGGAAUAUAUUUGUGUGAGCAUCGUAUUUACGGUGGGUCUCGCAAGAUUGUUGUCACCUUGCAAGGAGAGAAGAAAUAAAAGAUGUAUAUAUAUAUAUACUAUCCAUACAUACGUACAUACAAAAUAAGUAUUCCAAAUAAAGAGAAGAAGAAGAAAAAUAUUAUAAUAUUUAUAUGAAAAAAAAAGGUUUAAAAUAUUAAAUAAAGAUUAUAAAAUAUAAAGU